GCCCGUUGCCAGGGGAACAGUUGGCUGGGAGACGGGGGUGGGGGGCACCUGGGAACAGAGCAGUCACUGAGCCCAAUCUGGAGCUCUGGGCUCUCACCUGGUAUCAGGUAUCCCACCGCCUCCCCCAGCACACCCGCAGGGAUUAGGAUUAGCUGAUGCUGGGAUUAGACCCAGGAGCAGGCCAGGAGUGGAUAAGCCAGCCCAGGUUGCUAGCCCGCCAGCAGCGCCAUGAGGCAGGACCCACACCCUGGCGGCAGAACAGCGCCCCCCACAGCUGCAACAACACCCAACCCCUUCCUGCAGUCUAGCCUGGACCUCGGAGUGAAACCGCAGGCAAACGGAGCCCUAAGGCGUCUCUACCUCCCAUCGCUGAUCCGGGGUGUAGGGGGAUUUCACCCUGGAGCUGGGCUGGGACCAGCUGGAGCCAAGGCAGGACCACACACCGGCUAUGGACCCCAAGGACUGCAGCCGGGACCAGGAGCUCCGAACGGCUUUGGAGUGGCAACAGGUGUACGGGUGAAGCCAGGAAAAGCAGGCUAUGGGGUCCCCGCUGGUUAUGGUGCAGGAUUAGGUGGUUAUCCCCAGGGUGCAAAACAAAAGCCAGGGUACUUCCAUGCUGCGCUGCCCCUGGGAGGUUUUGGGGCAGGACCCAGAGCCGGCAGCUACCCCACAGCUCAACAAGGAUAUGCCGGAGUAGGUGGUGGGUACAUAGUCAAUGGAGCACAGCCUGGAUACGGGAAUGGCUAUGGUGGAGGAGGGAACAGUCACCCUGGGGCCGGACUCCAGUCAGGAUACGGCAACGGUGCCCAGGCCGCAUACCUAGGGCGUUUCGCUGGCCCUGACAGAGAUCUCUCAGCUGCUAAAUUUGGCCUGGGCCAGCUCCCAUACAAUGGGCAGCCCCAACAGGCCAUGCCCACUGGUCUGAGGGGAGAUUAUGGCGGUGGGAAAUACGGUGGCGCAGGGCAGCUGAUGUAUGGGGCACAACCGGCUGGGCUCAGUGCCCUGGAUGGCAACGGGAACGGACGGGGCUAUGCGAACGGAGGGGACCUGCAGGCUAACGGACUGGCUGCUGGGGGAUACGGGCCACUCACAGUAGGGCAAGCUCCCGGGGGCUAUGGACUAACCCCAGCAGCAUACGGAGGCAAGGAGGCCAAGUAUGGCCUGAACAGCUUUCUGGGGAAUGGAUACAGAGGUCGCUGCCUUCCCGGGAAGUGCUGAAUGCCAGACCUUCACCUGAGGAACUCCAGGCCACAGGAUGGCAUGAGCCUGCCGCUUCUGGUGCUAAAAAAAACAAAGAAUUUCUCCUGAUCUAAAUUAUCAUCUUUCUCUUUUUUUCCCCCACUUUAUUUUUAAUGGCUAGAGAUCUGUCUUUUUAAAGGAAAAACAAAUGAUGACUGUCAAUUUAACUUGGUUUUUCAAAAGUGAGGCUGUGACGUAUCUGGUCACCCUAGUCAGGGGUCACCAGAAAGCAAGUGUGAAAAAUCAGGACAGGGAUGGGGGUAAUUGGCACCUGUAUAAGAAAAAGCCCCAAUUAUCGGGACUGUCCCUAUAAAAACGAGACAUCUGGUCACCCUACCCCUGACUUCCCUGCCUCUUUGGUCUUGGCCAGUGAGGUGAGAGGGAUUUUAAGGGUAGGUCAGUACAGGAAUAUGGGAUGCACAGAGGGGGGUGACUGAAUUGUUAACUCCCCUUCACUGGAUAGGCAGCGAAUUCUCAUUUGUAUCCGGAGAGUGGGGUGUGGGAGUGUUUGUAAUAAAGGUCCCCCACAAAGCUGAAGUCUCCAGAUCUUUGUAUGCUGUAUCCUGGGGGCAGUUCACACCUCUCCC